UUGGCAUGACUUGCGCGUCCAUUGCAAAAAAAAUUCCUGCACAGAGUUUUCGCUACAAUUAACUGACUGCGGCAAUCUCGUGAUGUUGGCCGUUAAAAAGGCGAUUAAUGGAAGAGUGUGAUAGAAAUCAGUGUAUAGAUCGUGGAUGAAGUGUUUAAUUGUAACCGCAGUGUCCGAGAUUUCCCAAUAACUGUGCGGCUUUUCAUUGCAUUCGCUUCGGUAUUCGUUUUCCCCGCACCCAAGCCGCAUUUGAGACGCCGCUCGGAAAAUGUCGCUUGAAGGCGCUAGGCUGCGCUACGAAGACGAAAAUGGCGAGACCGUGGUGCUGGCAGCCAAGGGACGCACCUUCCAGGUGGGCUCCUACUACAACUGCGACCUCAUCCUGGAGGGGCCGCAGGAGGAGCGCCUGAUUUGCGAAAUAAACUGUGACGCCUUCGGCAGGGUCAUAAUCUACAACAAGUCCAGCGAGGACCCCAUCCACCUCAACGAUGUGGUCAUCCACGGCAAGCGUCCGCUGCUCCAUGGGGGAAAGAUCACCAUUCGGGACAAAGUCUACACCUGGGAGUUCCCCAAGUCCUCCGAAGCGCAGGAUGCACCGUGCACCCCAGAGCGCCUAUCGCCCAAUGAGCAGGCCUCGAACUCCUGCCCCUCGCUAAAGCAAUCGCAUCGACUGCACACCGAAAAACGCUUGACGGUUCACAAUUUUCACUACAGCAUCAAUUCGGAUGACGAGGGCAAUACUUCUAUAGAGUCGCGCGAUCGUGAGUCCCACUUGGAGGAGGACGCCCUGAAUUCACCUCCACCCAGCGCAGAGACGACAACAUGCGAGACGCCCAAAGUAGAUCUUCUGGAGGCCACGCAGAACAAGGAGAACACCGCAACGCCUCCAGGUAGCCACCAGAAGCUGCUGAGAUUGUGCGCCCUCUCGGACGUGGUCAUCACCUCUUUCUCGCCGCGCGAGACGGGCGUCAAGGUGGAGAAGUCCUUCACAUGUGUGCGCAAACCGGCCCACGCGGCUUCCACUUCGACUUCGGUGACCAUUUCCACGCCCAAGAGUGUGUACAGCACCCCGAAAGGCGGUGUGCUCUCGGAGCUGAACGAAGACAGUUGCAGCCGGGAUCUGAUGGAUUUCGGCACGCCAUCCACUUCGACGAAGGUAAAGCGUGCGUCGUCCAUGUUCUUGAUCGACUUGACCACCCCCUCGAAGCUACGACCAACACCAAGCAAACCCACACCAAAACAGACGCCCAUCAGUGUGGACAGCACGGACGAAUCAUCCGAUGCAUCGCUGGUUAUUGACAUCACCAACUCCGAAACGCCACCCUCACCAGGCCCCUCACAUAGGUACAAAACUCCUCAACGACCGGCUGGCACCGCAGGCGCCACACCUAAGCGAACGCCCCAGUCCCUAAUGAAACGGGCACUGCUGACCAGUACCAAGAAGCAGAUCGCCGCCAACCAGACAGAUAAGACAACUCCUGUGGCCACCACCAAACGGGCAUCACUGUUGGAUGCUCGCCGCCAGUGCCUGACCACUCCGCGUCGUUUGCCAUUCCAUCCGCACAGACGGACACCAGUCCACCGACCCGAGGACCAGCCGAGAGGCAAAGCGCCUAAGACCUCGCCACGGAAGCGGAUAUCGCUGAUGGAAUCUCCCAGGGAAAACAAGGUAUCCCAGCUCAGAAAGUCCUUUGCGGCCGCCAAGCGCAGUCCCGGCGUUGACAAGAGCAACAAGCUGGUGGCCAAGGCACGUCGGUCGCUGAACUCGCCGAAAAGCGGAUCCCCUAUGCCGGGAUCACCCACAUCAUCGCCAUGUCCGAGAAAAACAUUUAAUGCCUCGCAAAUCAAGAGCUCUACUCCGGAGAAACAUGACGACUCAAAGGACGAGUUGAGCCGCACCUUCACUAUCAUGGAUGACACCCAAGGAAAGGAAAAGAGUGCUGCAGGGGCGGUAAUCGAAGCGAUGGCUGCUUUUAUAACAGGAGAAGAUGAGGGUGAUGCAUCUUUCCAGCAGUCUGUAUUCGAGAAGAGCCUCCCGCUCAGUAAAUCAAAGGAACCUGUAUUUAUCAAACAAAAAAUCGGUUCAAUCAGUCCAGCAAUAAAAGGAAAUGAUUUAAAUUCUACAGACGACAAGGUGAAUUCUGAGCCAGAUGUUACAUUCGAGGGGAAUAUAAAUAAACUAGAACCUUGUGCCGAAACAGACUUAGAAACUGUUAAAGAUCAGGAAGAGACUAAAAAUCUAUCGAAUACAAGUCUUCAAGACAAUAAACAAAGUGAAACUGUGAGCUUUCCUGUCAAUGAAAAAAGUGAGGACCCGAUUAUCGAGGAUAGCAUUUGUGAGGAGGUCCAUGCGAAUAUUCCAAGGAAAGCGAUAAUGAAACGGCGAGACAAAACAAAGAUGAAUGAACAAACACCAAAUGUAGAUACCCCCGUACUUCGAAGGAGUUUGCGCCGCCUCUCUGUUGACCAGAGGACAGUGGCCACAACACCGCGAAGGAGCACUCGCAGAUCAUCGAUGGAAGCUGCCAAAAAGGAGGUGCCGAAGGACAACAAGCGCUCCCGCCGCGCUUCAUGCUCUGCGGUGGAAAGGCAGUGCGAUGUGGGUACUCCACGACGCAAGCGACGACUCACGCAGGAAAUGUCCACACCAACGCGACAGUCGAAGCUUCUGCUGAACACGCCGAAGCGGGAACAUCAAGUGGACGAAUCUGUUGGCGAUAUGGGAGUCAUUUUGGAAGAAGUUGGCCAAGAAGAUGGUGAAAAAGUCUGCUAUGCUGACGACGGAAAUUAUGGCAACGAACUGCCAGACGACGAAGUUGACAAAGUGGAUUACCAUGGCCUGAGGGAUUUGUUAAAAACUCCCAAAAACUGCAGCACCCCCCGCUUCAAAGGACUGAGAGAAAUGAUGCGCACACCGAAGGUUCCUGCAUCACCAAUUUUGGGCAACAUGGCAGAGUUGUUGGAAACAUCUGUUGGUAGCACUCCUCACCCCAAGAGUAGGAACUCGACACUGGCUCGCGCGCAACAAGGAAGACUGGACGGAAUUUUAAAGACGCCCAGCGCCAGGAAUAUAAUGGUGCCAAAUGAGCCAGCUAGUGCGGUAUUGAAGUCUCGUGAGGGUUCCUUGGCGGCGACCACCGAAUACGAUUUGAACAUGACGAAUACCACGUUGCAUCUAGACAAGAUAUUCGACGAUGUCCCCGAAACAACAGGGGCCAACUUGGAGGACACGGAAACCGAGAUAAAUGUGACUGCACUCAGCACGACGACUGGUGUUGAUCCCUUGGGUUCUUCAAAGCAAAACGAAUCCGUAUCAUCAGAGGCACUAAUGAGUAUCUCUCAUAAAGCCCCUGGGGUCACUUCGCUCAAGGAUCCUCUCACCAGCACAACAUACAAGGCUGCCUUGCAGGCCGAUCUUAAUCUAAGCGCAAUUACAGAAACUGGUUCCAGGACGACCUCACCUAACCCGAACGAGAUGAGCGGCAUACAAUUGUUGGACCAGACCUCGGACUCAGUGUUCUCCGAAGCUCUGAUAGUGUCGGGCGUGGAGUCCUGCGACGUUACUGUGGAUGAGACGAGCUUCGGCCGAACUAUCCAACCCACGGAUAAUAUUGAGGAUCGCUCCGAUACAGACUCAAACGUUGGCCUUACCGAGCCUCUGGUAUUUAGUGAUGAUGAGGAGGAGCCAGAGGAAUCGGCAGUCACUCCGAAAAAAUCUACUUGUGUCGAGGAACCAUCUAUUGCCUAUAAGCUUGAGGAAUCUACUGAUUUGCCUGCAGAGUCAACAAGUAAAAAUGAAAAGGAUUCUAUAACAGAAAUAUCUCUGAUAGAAGUGGAGGAUACCACAAUAGAAGGCAGUACAAGUGAAACAAAUCAUCAUGACGACAAAAUUAAGGACGAGAAUUAUCUGCAAAUUAAACUAGAUAUUUCAAAGGAUGAGGAAUCACCAGUUGAAGAAAAUAAUGCCCCUGUGGUCGAAUUAACGAUCAUAGAGUCCGAAAUAUUUCCUCUGGACUCAACUGCAGAUUGUUCGGUCAAUACUGCCAAUGUCCUCAACUCAAGCGCGGAGAAGAUUAUACCUAACGUGGAUCUGAAGCCAGACAAUUUAGACUCGACGAAUCUUGGCGAUGUCGAGGCACCAGAAGUUUCAGCGAAAAAAGUUUCAAAAGAAGGUAUUCCUCAUUUAGACCAAUCAGCCAUCGAUACAUCACCUGCCGAAAAGCGUGAACUUGAAAAGACUUCUGAGGCUGAAACAAAUCAACCACCGAUCGAAACCUCGCCUUCUAAAGAUGUAUCAGAAGAAAGCAAAUCUGAUGUGGUGCCCACUGAUUGUGAAACUGCUCAACCAUCUAUGGAAUUGUCCACUGGAGUAGAAUCUGAUCCACCAGUCAACGAAACAACACCUUCCGAACCACUUAUUGUGGAAAACAAACCCGAUGAGAUCCCCAUUGAUGGAGAAACUGAUCAAGAAGUCAUUAAUACAUCACCAGCCAAUGAACUUCCAGAGGAAACCAAACAGGAUGACCCCAUUGAUGAUAAAAAUAAUCAAAUAGUCAGCGAAACAUCACCUUCCGAAAAACUUUCCGCAGAAAACCAAACAGAUGAUGUGCGCACUGAUGGUGAAUCAGAUCAAAAAGCCAUGGAAAUUAUCGAGGAAGCAAAGUCUGACGAGGUGUCCACCGAGGCAGAAUCCAGUAAGCUUGUAUUCCAAACAUCAUCUUCCGAACUUUUCGAGGAAAACAAACUUAAUGAGGUCCCCACUGAUGGAGAAUCUGAUCAAGAAGUCAUCAAAACAUCACCCGGCGAGGAACUCGAAGAAGAAGCCGAGUCAAAAGAAGUGACCACUGACGCUGAAUCAGAUAAAGGUGUCAUUGAAACAUCACCUUCCGAACAACUUUUCGAGAUGAGCAAACUUGAUGAGGUGCCCAAAGAUGGUGAAGCUGAUCAGGAAGUUAUCGAAACAACUCCUGCGAAAACACUGCCAGAAGAAACCAAACCUGAAGAGCAAACUAAUCAAGAAUUCAUUGAAACCUCACUUUCUGAGGAACUUUUAGAAGAAGCUGAACCCAUUGAUACCAAUCUACUCAACGUGUCGUCGAAACAGUACCUUCCGAAGAAACAGUACAAACGACCGAAGAAGAUAAACCAGAUGCAAAUGAGGUGCCGGCUGAUGGUGAAACUGCCGAGGAACUUCCAGAAGAAGCCAAGCCUAAUGAGAUGUCUACUGAUGCAGAAUCUAAUCAACACUUCAUCGAAACAUCGCCUUCUAAAGAACUCUCCAAGGAAAAUAAAACAGAUGAGGUGCCCCCUUAUGGUGACGCCAAACAGGAAGUUAUCAAAAUAUCCUGCGAAAGAACUUCCAGAAGAAACCAAACCUGAAGAGGCCACUAAUCAAACAGCCAUCGAAACAUCAUCUGCCGACGAACUUUCAAAAGAGGUCAAACCUAACGAGGUGCCUACAACUGACCAACUAGUCAUUGAAUCAUCACUUGCCGAAGAAGUUUCAGAGGAAACCGAACAAGAAAUUGAGCCACAUGCAUUUGAAAGUGCCACAAGCCAAAAUGUUCCUCAAGAUCAUAUAAGUAACCUCGAUUCGGAAGACAUUGGUGAAACGAGCAUAACCAUGGCUGUAGAUGAGGUCUCUGCUAUCGAUAUGGAUCAAUUUGAGGAUCAACAGACUACUCAAGACGAAUCUAUCCAAAGGAGGGGUCCAUCACCACCUACAGACGGCAAAGUUCCUGAGAAAAAUAAAGAUGCGUUUGAAGCGCUGGAAGUAGAUACUUUAACGGAUGCCACCUGUUCUGCUAAUCAAUCUUCUAAGAAAGAGGAACUCGCCAAUGAAAAAUCGUCACGAACGGAUACAAACAAGGAUUUGUCAAGUAUUGCCGCUUCGUUGGAUACAUCCACAAAUGUAAGAUCAUCCGAAAAUCAGAAUAUAUCUGGCCAGGAUUCUCCUAAGGUCUCUCCAGAUGAAGAAGGUAUCAAGUCGGCUCCUCAGGAUGAAGUUUCUGCCUCGAAGGAAUCAUCAGAAGAAGUUAAGGCUGCGGAUAAAGAGGACGCUGGAAAAUUAAAUCAAAACGGUCCUUAUGAUGCUCCACUGGAAGAAAGUCCACAAAUUAAAACACCCGUGACUGAUCAGAAUAAAAAACGAUCUAUUUUGGAGGAAUCAUCUGCUUUCGAUAAAACUGAGGAAGAUUCGACUGCAGAUACAGAAAUAGCUGACGAAUGCCCAUUGCCAAAGUCCUCUGGUCACGAAAUUGACCAUGAGGUUAUUCAGUUGGAUGCAUCGAGCAUUAUAGAGCAAAAUACACUAGAUGAAAGUUCAGUUAUUAAAGAAUCCGGCACUGAUCUUUCCAAAGAUGAUAUCAACUUGGACAUAACGAGGGAAGGCACUACUGUGGAUAAGAAGGAAGCCACGGAGAAUCAAGAUGGGAUUUCAUUUAUUGAAGAUUGCGAGACUCAUCAACCAAAAGAGUCAUCUGCAUUCGACAAAACAAAGGAAGAUAAGGAGCAGGACAAAGACGAAUCUAAGAAGGAAUAUAAUCAAAACGAACUCGACGACGAGGUAAUUCAGUUGGAUGCCUCUAGCAUUGUUGAGCACACACAACUGGAUGAAAGUUCUAUGAUUAAAGGCGCCAUCGCUGAUUAUAUUCAUAAGGACCACAUAAAACAGGCAAAGGAUACGAUUGAAAAAAAAUCAGUAAAAUGUGUGUCUGAAGAGUCAUUAAAUCAAAAUGGAGUUGAAGAUGAGGUGAUUCAGUUGGAUGCCUCGAGCAUUGUUGAACGGUCCAACAUUUUUGAAGAAUCUGUCAGUGAUCAGCCAAGGGAUGUUUCCAUUUUGGCGGAAACAUCGAGUCUCGCCCAAUCAAAACUAACUUUAACAAAGAAUCAAAUGGGAACAGACGACAAACAGACAGAACCGGGUGAGGCUGUUGAAGCGACAAUGGAUACGACAUCUUCCAGUGAUGAAGAAGUUAAGGCAGUGGAACCGGAGAUAACUUCCGAAAUUGUUAAACCUAAUUUGACAGAGAAGUCGGACGCCCAGCUCAAGUUCAUUGAUAGUAAUAUUUCAUUGGAUACUGAAGGCUCUAAAAUUUUAUUGCAAACGAUACCUCCGAACAAGAAAACACCAGAAGAAACUUCACCGGAUGAAGGAAAAUCUAAGCCAGUAAAACGAACGACUAGGAAGGGAUCAGCGUCCACUGAUAAACCAGCAGAAGCUGCCGUAUCUGAAAGACCCAAGAGGAUGGCACGAAAACCGUCAUCUGAUGUUUCGGAAAUAGAAGAACGUGCCCUGGAUAAUAAGUAUGCGGAUGAUGCCCACAUUAAGCUCAGGGGACGAGCCAGAAAACCAUCAGUGGAUGUAGAUGAUGACAAACCAGAAUCCAUCACUGAGAAAAGAAGGGGACGAAAACGUACACCUUCAGUAGAAGAUAUUGAAACCAUGGCACAGAACACAUUGAAGAAUACUGAAGAAGAAGCCCUAAAGGCAGAAGAAGCUCUGCAACCCAUCAUAGAGGAAGAGACGGAGUCUGGAGUUGAGGAAAAGAAAGAGUCAAAGGCAGAGGAGGAUUCUAAUCAGAGGGAGAUCACCACAGAGAAACCUAAGAGACGUGGAAGGAAGGCAUGCAAGGAAACUGAUACUAUAUUGGAACAAGAGAAGCCGGAAGAAGUUCUAGAAGCCAUCAAUGAAGCUAAAGGCGAUGAUUUGAAUUUCCCCAAGCAAGAGGAUCCUGAAGAGCCCGCACCCGCCGUACCUUCAACUUCAUCAAUGGAGGAAAGCAAGCCACUUGAUAAAGAUACAAUCCAGAAAGAGAAAACCGUAGAAAAGCCUAAAAGACGAGGACGAAAGGCUCCUACAAAAGAAACGGAAACCACGUCGGACAAGAAAGAAAAGGCUGAAGAUGUUCUAGAGGCUGUCAAGGAAGAUGGAAUUCAGAAUCGAGAACAUGGGCUUACGUCGGAUGAGGUAAAGGAAACAGAGUCCGAUGUUGAGCAGAAGUUGGAGUCAAAGGACGAGGACAAUACCAACCAGAAGGAGAGCAUCAUAGAAAAACCAAAAAGACGAGGUCGGAAGGCAUCUGCAAAAGAAACGGAAACGUCAUCGGACAAAAUGGAAAAGCGAGAAGAUAUUCCAGAAACAGUUAAAGACGAGACUCCGCAAUUCAUUCAAAAUGUUUCAGAUCAUUCUGAGCAGGCGCCUCAAGAGCAUGUACCCAUUGAGGCUUUAAAUGUAUCCAAGGAAGAACAAGAAACAACGGCUGAGUCUGAACCCAAUCCCCACCCAGCUAAGACAAGUAGGAGGGCACGCAAGGCAUCAGCUGAAGACGUAAGCAGUGUACCAGACAAGAAGCACAAAUCAGAGGACCAAACUAUUGAAAAGCAAGGUGAGGGGUCCAAAGAGUCUGGUAAAACCCGCGAGGAGAAACCAAGGCGGAGGGGACGCAAACUUUCAGCAGAGGUGGUAGAAAACGCCGCUCCUAAUGACACCCAGGAGGUGGUUGCUUCCGUUCAAGAAGGUCAGUUAAGUUCAGACAACCAAAGUAAACCCCAGCCGUCCCGCAAGUCAGCAGAAUUUAAGCCAGCAAGUGCCCAGGAACCAGCUAAGGAUGAUCACGUUGAACGACCCAAGCGUCGGGGCCGCAAGCCUUCUGUGGACAUUGAUCAUGUAGCCCAAGAAGGUAGAAAACCCAAGCGAAGGGGUAGAACGCCAGCAGGGCAUGAUAAACCAAUGAUUGCUGACGAAAAGCCGGACCCGCCAUUGCAGGUUGUUGAGCCAGAGAAAAAGACCAGGCGCAAUGUACGCAAGGCUUCGGCUGAAACUGUUGAGGUCGUUGGGUCCAGCGAGGAUGAGCAUCUUCAGCAGAUCGAAGAGGCAGCCGAGCCGGUUUCAGUACCCGAACCGUCACCAAUUAAGCCACCGCCAAAGGAAGAGGAGGAGCACAAGACCCGGCGUCGCGGUCGCAAGCCCACGGCAGAGACGAUUGAGGUGCCGAUAAAAACGAACUCGGCCGAGGAAUCGGAAGAGAUUCCCACUCACUCACGCAGGCGUGGGCGCAAGGCCACCGAAGAUGAGGCCCUAACAACUAUAGAUCUAACGGAGCGCAAGACAAAGCUUCGUGGACGCAGGGCGUCCUUGGAGCCGGAACACAAGGAGGAAACCCCUUCAGAGUCUCAAACCGUGGACGCGGAACCACCAACAGCGAAGACAACGCAGCGCGGUAGGAAGCCAAGUGCAGAUGUGGAGGCGACACAAGCGGCCGCACCGGAGAAGAAACCACCAGCACGGCGUGUCCGUAAAGCCUCAGCGAGUGUCGAUGAGGGAACGCCAGUCGCAAAGAAGGCGACAACUCGUCGCGGUCGCAAAGACGAGACCCACGAGGACGAGGAAAAGAAGCAGAUCGAUUUACAGGACCUGCCGACGGACAGUGUUUCGGCGCUCGUAGUCACCUCUGGCUCCCCGACAAAGACUGGCGAUGGGGAAGAGCUUACUCCACGGCGCCGAGGCCGCAACCUACCGCGUAAAAACUACGAGGAGCCACCAGACGAUGAUAAACCACACUCCGCACUGCGACGGGCUCGCAAGCCAGCGGCAAGCAAGGCGCUGGCCAACAAGGCUCCAGAGCCGGAUGCAGUUACUGCUACUCCGGUAACCAAACAACCGCCCGUGGAGGUAGAAGCCACUCCCGACAACACGGUGGUCCUGCCAGAGCCCACGACCUCGCAGCGACGGGAGGGACGGAAUCUGCCGCGCAAGAACUACACGGAGGCGCCGGACGACGACAAGCCCACAUCGUCCCGGGGUCGCCGGGUACGCAACCUGACUGCAAAGGCUCUGGAAUUGAUUGUAGAUUCCUCGCCGCGUCCGGCAACUCCAAAGAGGACCAAGGGCAAGGCGGUCGAGGACGAGGAGCCUCCUGCCAAGAAGGCGACUCCUGAGGUGCCACCAGUAACGUCAGCACCGGAAGAAGAGCCUGCGCCCGCGGCUAAGGGGCGUGGCACUCGUCGAAAGAUCGAACACAGCGAAUCGGAGGAUGCGGACGUUAAGCCGGUAAAAAAGACCGCACGGGCCACUGCUCGCAAGGCCAAAGUUGAGGUGGAACCGGAGGAGCAUCCGCCCGUUAAGAAGGCGCGGGGUAGAGCACGUUCCAAAACUCCUUUGGGAGAGCCUCCAGCUACCCAGGAGGAGGAGCCGGUCAAGAAGCCCGCUGCCCGCAGUCGAGCCCGAGGCGCCAAGGCAGCAGAGCCGGAGCAGCCAGUCGAGGAUACCCAAGUCCAGGACGCCGCCUCCACGUCCGCGGCGACAGGGCGAGCUGGACGAGGCAGGAAGGUGCACUUCGAGGCAGCGCCGGAGGUCUCAACAAGUGAGGAUGCACCAAAGCGGGCAACUCGAUCACGCCGGAAGUAAUAUCUAUAUAUUUCAUCUUAAAGCUUGAAUUACUUUGUAUAAUUUUUUGGUUAUUUUUUAAUUCUGCAUUUUUUAACCUACGUUAUUAACUUCUGUAUAAAAAGUUUGCAUUUAUCAAUUAAUCAAGGCACCAUAACAUUUAAGUUCUGUUGUUAAUCCCCCAUUUCGGUGGGAUAUAUUUUGGAUGGCUCCCCUCGCUCAGAAAGAAAACUAACCUUAAUAGAGUUAAGGCAUUAAACAUUAUUAAUACAUAUAGUUUACAUUUUAAGACACUAUCAAACAUCCCCAAAAUAAUAAAGAUUCGAAACGUAAA